AUGGUUCCACGCACAAACAUCCUAGUAAUCGGCGGCGGACUGGCCGGGCUCUCGGCAGCGACCGAGGCGCUCCACCAGACGCGCAACAUGGCCGGCAUCACAGUGACUCUGCUGGACAAGGAGGCACGCACAGGCGGCAACUCAGCCAAGGCAUCGUCGGGCAUCAACGGAGUGUACACCAGGACGCAAAAGGCCAACGGUAUUGAGGACUCACUGGAGCUGUUCUCAAAGGACACGGUCAAGUCGGGCCAUGGCAGAUCAAACGAGACGCUGGUGGGGAAGCUGACGAGCGAGAGCACGCAGGCGGUGACGUGGCUGCAAGAGCAGUUCGGGCUGGACCUCGAUGUGCUGGCGCAACUGGGCGGACAUAGCCGGGCGCGCACGCACCGGCGGCCAGACAUAAACGGCAAGCCGCAGCCAGUCGGCUGGGGCAUCGUCAGCACGCUCGCCAAGCACCUGGCCAAGCACGACCCCCAGCGGUUCAGUCUGGUCACCGGAGCGCGCGUCACCGAGCUUGUCCAAAAGAACAGCCGCGUCACCGGCGUCGUUUACCAGGCUGCUGAGACCACUGAGAAGCUGGACUCGGACAUUGUGGUUCUGGCGACUGGCGGAUUUGCCGGCGAAGGCAGAAACGCCGAUCUGCUGCAAAAGUAUGCCCCACAGCUGGUCGGCUUGCCGGCCACCAAUGGGCCGUUUGCCACUGGCGAUGGCAUGAAGUUGGCUGCGGCGGUGGGUGCGCAGCUGGUGGACAUGGACCAGGUGCAGGUGCAUCCGACUGGCUUUGUCAAGCGCGGUGAUGCUGGUAAUCCGACAAAGUUCCUGGCGGCCGAGGCGCUGCGCGGCGACGGCGGCGUUUUGCUGACGGGCCAAGGCAGACGGUUUGUCAAUGAGCUCGAAACGCGUGACAAGGUCACUGACGCCAUCAACCAGCACUGCAUUAGCGAUCUGUGCGCGCGCUACCCUGGCGACUACGUAGUCAAUGAGCCACAAGCUGCCGCCUAUCUUGUGCUGUCCGAGCAGGCCGCCAGCAAGUUCGGUCAUGGGGCUUUGGGUUUCUACCAGAAAAUGGGGCUAAUCCAGAAGGCCGACAAUCUGCAGGCACUGGCCGAGGCGCUGCGCGUGGAGCCGGAGACCUUGAGUCAGGCGCUGACAGGACACGACCAGGCGAGGCGGUCGGGCAAUGACGAGUUUGGCAAGCAUGUGUUCCCUGCUGACGCUGUCAGCUCUGGCGAAUAUUACUGGGGCGUGGUCACGCCCAGCCUGCACUACACUAUGGGUGGCGUGCGGUUCGACGAGCACGCGCGGGUGCUGCGCGCCGACGGCUCCCCGAUCCACGGCCUGCUGGCUGCUGGUGAGGUCACUGGCGGUCUGCAUGGCGCCAACCGCCUGGGCGGCAAUUCGCUGCUUGAAUGUGUGGUGUUUGGCAGGGAAGCUGGCCGCCAGGCUGCGCUGGCUGUGAGCAGCUAA